CCUGGCUCUAGAGCGAUUCCGAGCCACCUGUAGCAUCAAGAUCAAGAUCAAGAUCAAGUAACACUGCUGUGGAGAUCAAGAUUGAAGAAAGAUCAAGAUCAAGUGACGCGGCAGGGCAGCGCAGGGGCAGCAACACGUGGGGACGUAAACAAACUGGAGGCUCCUGCUUCGUGGCCAGAGGAGAAUAAUAUUAGACCAUGGCGGAGAUAGACUCCAGCCAGCGGGUCCAGGAGAUCCUCACUCAGGCUACAGAGGAGCUGAAGUCCAUCAAGGUACCCAACGAUGACCAGCUGGAGUACGACCUUGGCAAUCUGCUGGUGAGCAGCAACAACACCCUGGACGAGACCCUCACCAGAGACCAAGAGAAGAUUGACAGCUACCUUCACAUCUUGGCUCGAGACAGUAUACAGGCGCUGCUUAACAGAGUGUGGGAGCUGCCUAGUGAACGCAUUGAUAGUGACAUCUACGUCACACUGCCAAAGCCAGCCACCAGAUUGCCUAGGGAGAAACUGCCCAAGCCACGUCCACCAACCAGAUGGGAAACGUAUGCUCGUGAGAAAGGUAUCAAUAAGAGGAAGAAGGACAAGAAAGUAUGGGAUGAUGCCCUCAAGCGGUGGGUGCCUCGCUUUGGCUACCGGAAAAUUGCAGCCGAGAAGGAGAAGAAUUGGGUGAAGGAGGUGCCUAGCAAUGCUGAUCCCUAUGAAGACCAGUUUGCCAAGGCUGCUGAGAUUAAGAAAGAAAAUAUAGCUAAGAAUGAAUUCCAGCGACUGCGUAACAUUGCUAAGAACAGGAAGUUAAAGAUUCCUAAUGUAGGUGUGACAGGCAAUGAAUAUGCCUCCAAGAAUGAACUCAGUAUGGCUAUGCAUCAUGCCAAACAUGCAACUGCCUCAAGGGGAAAAUUCCAACCUGAACUUCCAAAUGAGAAGAAGGUGAAGGGACUUGGGAAGAAGCGCAAGAUGGAGAUGACAACAGGUAGCGGCCAGGCAGAGAAGAAACGCAACAUUGAGGUCCUUGAGAAAAUUGAUAAGCCAUCUCUUAAUCUGGAUGGAGCCAUUCACAAGGAGAUCCGAGAUGAGAAUGUUGCCAUGGAUCUCAAGCGCAAGGGAGGAAAGGUGUAUGGCAGGAGGUCCAAGAUGGGAGGCAGACACAGAACCAAGUCAGACCACAAAUCCUUGAUGCUGGGGACUGGAUUCCAAGCUAAGGGCAAGGGCAGGGGUAAGGGUAAGGGUAAGCCAAAUGCUGCUCCAAGAAAGAAGGCAGGAGGAGGCAAGAUGCAAGGUAAAGGUAGACCGGCAGGAAAGGGAAUGGUGAAGGGGAAAGGAAAAGGUAAAUAGGUAUGAAAUGACUGACCUUAGAAACUCUCUCUCUCUCUCUCUCUCUGUAUAUCAUUGUUAGAGAAUAACAAAAUAAAUAUGGAACGUAU